UUGAAGUCAUGUCAGGAAGAGGUAAGGGCGGUAAAGGACUCGGUAAAGGAGGCGCUAAGCGUCAUCGCAAGGUUUUGCGUGAUAACAUCCAGGGAAUCACUAAACCCGCCAUCCGUCGUCUCGCUCGUCGUGGUGGUGUCAAGCGUAUCUCCGGUCUGAUCUAUGAGGAGACUCGCGGUGUGUUGAAGGUGUUUUUGGAGAAUGUUAUUCGUGACGCCGUCACCUACACCGAACACGCCAAGAGAAAGACCGUCACCGCCAUGGAUGUCGUCUAUGCUCUGAAGCGUCAGGGUCGCACUCUGUACGGUUUCGGAGGUUGAAUGUCUAAACUCCAAACAAACGGCUCUUUUAAG